GAUCCCUUCAAGGCACAAGUUUUAGAGUUGGUGGAGAAGCCACUUGGUCGAUACAGGCAACUUGACCGACAAGGGCUCGUCAUGCCUUUUGCUUGCGUGUGAACCCGAACCCCUAGCUGGAGGUUUUCCCCAAGGUGAAUUCGUUAGCAUUACUCGUUCCUCAUCAACACAAGUCACAGCAGGUGUGGAAGGUCCCGUUUGUUCGCGGCUUAGAUCUACUGCUGGUGUUCUACUUGGACCAGCUAUUUUUCGUUCCAGAACUUUUGUUACUCAUCUACCUUUUCUGCUGCAAGGUUCGCGCGACAUCAACACCAAAUGCGACUAUGAGACUUUCACACGCGUGAUCCGAUUAGCAACCAUUCUUUGACCCAAUAUCGACCAGAUUACUUCGCCAUCAGUACCGUUGAGAUGAAUCAAAACCCUGGCGACCACUGGCGCGGUCCCGGAGGACCACCUCAGGGCGAACCACAGCCGCAAGGUAGACCUUUCCAAAACUAUGGACCAACUGGUCCUCCACAACCUCAGGCACAUGUCCUGCCUCCUCCUCCUGCCUCAUUUCAUCAACACCACUCUCAGCCUUCUGGAAGCCACAGUCUUUCCAUCGCAGAUCUGACACAAGGCCCUCCUAAUCACCAGCAACAACAUCAGUACAACACCCAGCCACCUCCUCCUCAGUCCCAAGGUCAUCCGAUGGGAUCGUUGGGGCAUCCCUUACCUCAACACUCGCCUCCGUAUCUCGGACGUGAACGAGAAAUGAGAGAGCUGCGUGAGCGCGAGAUGAGGGAACAUGAAAUGAGAGAAAGAGACAUGAGAGAUAGAGAACUUCAAAGACAACGGGACGAAAUGAUCAUGCGGGAACGGGAACGAGAAGCUCGUGAGCGAGAUCAAAUGGAGCGUAUGCACCAAGAUCACCAGCAGCAACGCCCGGUCCAGAGUCAUGCCUCAAUUCCCAUUCAUCAGCCAGUGGCCUCGAAGAUUCAAAACUCGAUCCAUGGGCCAAAUGGCCUGCUUGCGAAUGGCGGUGCUGGCUCAGUGCCACAUACUGGGCCUCCGCCAUCAUCUGGAAACUCUCUUUUUGGUGGCCCAUCACAACAUGAAUCCCAACGCCCUUCCCAAUUCAUGCAUCAGCAAGUCGGUGGGCCUCCGCCGCAACAAGGUCAGGCCUUCAUGCCAGGCCCGUCACCGAUGCCGGCUCCGGCUCAGCUUGCGCACGGCCAACAGCCUAUACUAAACGAUGCCCUUAGCUAUCUCGACCAAGUAAAGGUGCGCUUCAGCGACCAGCCUGAUGUAUACAACCGAUUUUUGGACAUCAUGAAAGAUUUCAAAAGCCAGGCGAUCGACACACCCGGGGUCAUUGAACGAGUUUCAAACCUCUUCAAUGGCCAUCCGGCCUUGAUCCAAGGAUUCAAUACAUUUCUCCCGCCAGGAUACCGUAUCGAAUGUGGUACAGACGACAAUCCGGAUGCUAUCAGGGUGACAACACCGAGUGGUACAAUGACACAGUCCCUGCAGAAUCGAGGCCGCACUCAAUUUGAACCUGCGGGAAUGAGCCAGGUCAAUGCUCUAACAUCAGGGCGACAAGACCCCUUUGAGAGUCGACAUGGCUGGGGACAGCCACUGGGUGCAUCUCCCGAGGCAAGGCCUGCCGAACUGGCCGGAUUCAAGCCUGCACAGUCUGAGAGACCCAUGGAGGAAGCUCUGAGUGUCCUAGGCCAACAGGAUCAACGUGGCGUCUCAACACUGCAAAAUGCAGUGACUGCUGUCACAAAUGGCGCAACAAGACCAGCUCUGGCCGUCUCUCCCGGUCCUGGUCAGAAUGGGCCUUAUAACCAGCAAGGUGGUUCAUUUUCCGGCAACUCGUCCUUAGGUGAAUUGAAGCGCGGCGGGCCUGUCGAAUUCAAUCAUGCUAUCAGCUACGUGAAUAAAAUCAAGAACCGCUUCGCACAGCAACCCGAGAUCUACAAGCAAUUCCUUGAGAUCCUGCAGACCUACCAACGAGAAUCGAAACCGAUUCAGGACGUCUAUGCUCAAGUCACUCAACUCUUCAUCUCGGCACCGGAUCUGCUUGACGAUUUCAAACAGUUCCUUCCAGAGUCUGCGGCGCAGGGCAAAGCGCAAGCUGCAAAAGCAAUGGCCCAGGAAGAUCAGACGAGUAACGUGCGUGGUGAAUCAGGCUACACUUCUGGUUCACUACCUCAGGCUCAGACACCACGGCCUACUUCGAAGAUGCCGCCUAUGGGUCAGUUCGAUCCUCCAAGCACCAGCAAAGACAACAAGAAGCGCAGAGGAGGGCCGGGUGCCACUCUUGUAAACCAAGCUUCUACACAGUCGGCUGCCGACGCCAAUCUUUCACAAGGUCCUCGAGCUGGGCAGGUCCAAGUCGGAAAUGCUAACAAACGCCCCAAAAUCGCAUCGCAGCGUCAACCCCCUUCGGAUGCGGUGGUCACCUCGCCGACACUCGUCCCUCAGUUGCCGGAGCCCUUGCCGCCUUUCCCCAAUCUCUCUACUACUCAGGAAGAGCUUGGCUUCUUCGAUAGGGCUAAGAAGCAGAUCGGCAAUCGUGCCAGCUACGCUGAAUUCAUGAAACUCCUCAAUCUUUUCAGUCAAGAUCUGAUUGACAAGUACACCUUGGUUGACAGAGUUGGUUCUUUCAUUGGGGGUAGUCCGGACCUCAUGAAGUACUUCAAAGAGUGGCUCGAUAUUGAAGAUCAGGAGGAGGUGGUUGAGGCACGUAUCCGACCUGAUCCCGGCCGUGUCAAUCUGUCACAUUGUCGUGCUCUUGGUCCUAGCUAUCGUCAUCUACCAAAGCGGGAUCAAGACAAGCCUUGCAAAGGGCGCGAUGGUAUGUGUUACGAGGUCCUCAACGAUGUUUGGGCUUCUCACCCAACCUGGGCCUCGGAAGACUCUGGCUUCGUUGCCCAUCGUAAGAACCAAUACGAAGAGGCUCUACACCGCAUCGAAGAAGAACGACAUGACUACGACUUCCACAUCGAAUCAUGUCAGCGGACUAUCCAACUCAUGGAACCCAUAGUUCAGCAGGUUUUUGUAAUGAAUGACGCGGACAGAGCGGGGUUCACCUUACAACCCGGCUUGGGUGGUGCUAGCGAAGCCAUUCCUAAACGUAUCAUCAUGAAAGUCUAUGGCCGAGAAACCGGAGCUCGCGUCCUCGAAGAAAUGUAUGCGCGUCCUGUGGCCGUGCUGCCCAUUGUCCUCUCAAGGCUCAAGCAAAAGCUUGAAGAAUGGAAGCAGGUUCAGCGCGAAUGGGAAAAGGUGUGGCGUGAUCAAAUACACAGACAAUUUUGGAAGAGUCUUGAUCACCAAGGGCUCAACGUCAAAAACCACGACAAAAAGAUUUUUCAGCCGAAGACAUUGACGAGCGAGAUUCAGGCCAAGUACGAAGAAGCGAAAAAGAAUCGGGAAAAUGGCAUCGCUUCGAAAAAGCAUCAACUCGAAUAUGUCUUUAGCGAUCUGGAUGUGGUUGCAGACGUGACGCGCUUGAUACUUGUUUGCCUCGAGUCUGAUCGUGGCCAAUAUAAUGGAAGCGAACGAGAUAAGGUCCGGGCAUGGUUCACAGACUUUGUCAUACGCUUCUUCGGACUUGAUGCCGAGACAUUCCACGAACAGGUUGGUACGGAGGCCUUGAGGAACCAAGAUCCAGAUGAUGGUCUCGAUGGCCAUGAGAGUGAUGCUCAUCCACCCACAAAAAGCAAAACCCAACGCAAAUCGGACUGGCUUAGAAGGAUGGCACUUGAACGGAGACACGGCAAGGAAGACAGCGUGGCAUCUGCAAGCAAAGAAUCGACACCCAUGCCGGGAGCCGGGAGCGAGAUGGAGCUGGACGAAGACAUUGCAGUCUCAGAAAUCGAUGAUACGCCACAACGCCCAUGGAUCAACGUUUCCAAUCACGACUCCUCUGCACGACAUCUUGCGAUGGAUGAACCAUAUUCACAUACGACCUUUAAUCUUUACGCAAAUGCUAACAUCUAUUGCUUCUUCCGGCUCUUUGAGACGAUGUACUCUCGAGUACUUGCCAUCAAGCUCAACGAGGCGAAUGUGCAGGAGGCUAUUGCAAGAUACAAAGGCGUCGGAGCAAAGAUGAAGCCGGCGAUCGACCUUCGAAUGAUCGACAAGGGUCCUGACGACUUCUUCGCGAGUACCGACGGAAAACAAAGCUACUACAGUCAGAUACUACAAAUGUGUGAAGAGAUUCUCAUGGGUCACGGCGAUCUGAAUCACCUGGAGGAGACGUUGCGCCGUUAUUACAACAAGACCGGGUGGCAACUUUACACCAUCGACAAACUCGUUGCAGCAGUCUUACGAUUUGUGAUGACCAUUCUCGGCGGCGACGCGAAGGACAAAAGCGUUGAGAUCACGAAUCUCUUUAUGCGAGAUAGGGAGCGUGGAGAGACUACGAGAAAACAGGAGAUCCAAUACCGCAAGCAGGUUGAACGGUUGUCCAAGGACGGCGAGGUCUACCGUAUCAGCUAUACGCCUGACGUUCGGCGGUGUACCAUUCGUCUUUUCCCGGCAGAAGAUGCGACCUUCGAUAGUGAUGCGCUGUCGGACGAAGCUCGUUGGCAGUACUAUGUUGCGUCGUACACCAUGACUGACGCCACCGAAGGAGUGGAGCAAUCCAGAAUGCGAAAGGCUCUCCUACAGCGCAAUAUUGCACCACAGAAUGCCAACAUCGAAUCUGCUUACCAAGAAGUGUUUGGCGAUCUUGAACACAUAGACGAGCAGACAGCGUUCAUCAGCCCGGAAACUUACAAGCUUAUAUUGAAGGAUCAAUAUGGUUUUGCCCGUCAACACCCAGUGGACGCAUCCAACGGCAAACGGUACGAAGCCGGAAAGAUCGAGGAGAGUGAAAAGUACCGAGAGAAGUUCGUACGUAAUACAGCCUGGAUGAAAGAUCAACGAGCAGAGGAUGUCGAGCGCAGGAAAGCUGCCUGGGAGAAGGGUGUUAGGGAAGGAUUUUCUACGGUUGAUGAGUGACCACAUGGGUCAUAAUGAUGCUGGCCGGAGGUUCCAUGUUGUAUCACGGUUGGACCCGGCCAGGCCGGCACUCGGGAGCGACUAUUUUGCGCAACAGUCAUCGCUGCGAAGGACUUGAGAUAGCUAUGACAUUGAAGAAGGACGAACCA